ACUUCUUCAUCUCUCUUCAAGCUCCAAAGAUGUGUCUGAGUUCUUCAGAACCAUUCUCAAACACACCCACGAGAUUAGUUUUGUACCUCAAAACACAAACCCACGUUCGUAUCCCUCGCCUCUCCAGGAGGAGAAGGAUGUGGCGGGAAGAAAAGGAGAUGGAGAUGAGAAAUAUAAGGCUUUACAUGGAGAACCAACACAUCAUACAAGAGAACGAGAAACUCAAGAAGAAAGCUCUUCUUCUUCACCAAGAAAACAAAGCUCUCUUCUCUCUGCUCCAGUCCCAAAAGGUUUCACAUGUUCCAUAAACAAACCAUCAACAAGCACCAAGAUCAUCAUAUUCUUCUGCUUCUUAUUUAGUGAGUCAAUAAUAAUAAUUAAAAAUAAGGGAUUUAAUUAUCAUCUAAGUGAGUCUUGUAAUUUACUUUCAAGGGUUUAGUGUUAUUGGGGUAUACAUCUAAUUUUUUUGUUUCUUUUUUUAUAGUUUCAUUUCCUUGUUACCUCUUUUGAAAUAUAGGUUUAUUCAUCUUUUUAAUAUAUGUAAUCUCUGUAUGUGUGUUCUUCUUUUAAUGGUUA